GAGUCUCUCAACUCUGUCUGUGCUGUGUGCUGCUGGCAAAAGGCAAAAGGCGAACGCGGUAGACAAGUGGCGCUUAGUUUGAAGUCUGCCGCCCGUCACGAUACACACCGCCCAGUUCUCUCUCGUCGUUCCUUAUUUUAGGCUUUUGGCUUGUCUCUGAUACGACCCCAGCGGGAUGAUCAUGUUGUACCGGAAUUCUCCAACAACUACUACCACUACCAAACUCGACCGUCUGCCAACCGUGUGAAACCGAAAUCUUUGACAGACAAGUGCACCGUACAAGAAUUUUCCGCCCAAAAAAACUUGGUUGAAAGUGAAAUUUUGUUUAUUCGUUAUCCGUUUGAAAAAACCGAAUUUUCUUUCGUUUUGCUAAAAUCAUCGAAAAUGUCGGCCUACGACAACGUGUUCCAACGUCCGACGUCGCUGUUCUUCGCGUCCAGCAACAAGUUCCACCACAACAACAACAACAUGAACGGCAUGUUGAGCAGCAGUAGUCCCGUCAACGGCGGCGGCGUCGGUGGCGUCGGUGGCAACGGCCACAGCAACAUGAUGAUCGGCGCCGCCAGCCUGUUGAGCAACGGCGGCGGCGUUAACAAUCUGAUGAACGACGUGUUCGCCGACGAGCAAGAAGAUCAGAUCGUGCCCGAUUGCUCGGUGGCCCCCAAAUUGGACUUGUCGCCGAUGAACGAGCCCUGGGUCAGCGGAGUCGUGUCCAGCGACAGCAACUGCGGAUCUCACGGCUUCCUCACCACCGCCGUCCACCUGAGUCUCCAAGAGGGAUGCGAUUUGGAUGCCUAUCUGCUCAGCAAGCUGGACUGGCCCCAGCAGCAGCAACAACAUCCAUUGCAGCAGCACCACCAAGCCGGCGGGCCCAUGCCUGUCAACACGGCCACGGCCGUCGCCAACCUGCCGACGUCGGCGUCAUCGGUCGGCAGUAGCCAUCCGGACGGCGACGACAUGAUGGGACUGAUGGAGUCGGCCCUGAAAGCCCGUCGGGAAAGCGCCUCGCAGAUCGACGAAUUCUUCGAGGAGGCCGUCGACGACGGCGGACGCGGACUCCUGAUGGGACUGGCCGAGCGGUUCUCGUCGCUGGCCGAAAGCCGAGACUGGGACGACAUCACGACCAGUCUCAGUAAAAUCGAUCCGGACAACGCCGAGAUGCUGGAACUGGGACAACAAGCGGCGGCGUCGGCGGCGUCGGCCAGUGGCAAAGUGAAAAUCGAACCGAGGGACGACCAUCCGAUGGAGAAUUUCGGACACGGUCGAUCGGUUCAUUGCGAUUCGUCUUCCUUCCAUCACCACAACCACCACCAUCCGGCGACGUCGUCCGUGAUGACACCCACGUCCUCCUCUUCUUCUUCUUCUUCGUCUUCUUCGUCUUCCUCCUCGGCGUCGGCGGCGACUGGUAACAAAGGAUCCCUCAAUCAUCAUUGCAUCCAACGGUUCAACUACUCCAACGGAUUUCUGCCGCCCACGCCGCCCAGCUCGGAUCCCGGCUCGCCCAGUCAGGACUCGCCGCACCGAAGCAAACCACCCCCGCCGCCUUAUUCGACCCUGCUCGGACGCAGCACCAAGCAGCCGUCAUCGUCAUCAUCAUCAUCAUCUUCUUCGUCAUCCUCUUCUUCUUCUUCUUCGUCAUCCUCUUCCAGCAGCUCAUCACAAGAAACCGACAAACCGCCCACAAUCAAAUACAAUCGACGCAACAACCCCGAAUUGGAGAAACGAAGGAUUCAUCACUGUGAUUUUCCCGGCUGCACCAAAGUCUACACCAAGAGCUCACACCUCAAAGCCCAUCAAAGAAUUCACACAGGUGAGAAACCGUACCGCUGCCAUUGGCCCGAGUGUCAGUGGCGUUUCGCCCGAUCGGACGAGCUCACCCGUCACUACCGGAAACACACGGGCGCUAAACCCUUCCGCUGCAAGGUCUGCGAGCGCUGCUUCGCCCGCUCCGAUCAUCUCGCCCUCCACAUGAAACGUCACCUACCCAAAGGCUCCAAAUGCUAAAACAAACAAAAGAAUAACGACUACUGUACUGUACUCUCGUACACACUAUAAUGAGGUUUCGGUUGUUGUCGGUCGUCGUCGACCACUUAAUCAUCACAUCAUUUGAUUAUCACCACCACCUGAAUGAACCAAAUAGUAGCAACGAAAAGAAAAAACACAAAAGCCAACGAUUAUUUCCACAUUUUUUCGACGAAACGAUCGAGACUGCGAGGACAUUUUUUAAAAACCCGACGCCUUAAAUUUCGUUACAUCUUCAUCAUUUCAUUUCUCGAGUUGUACAGAAAUCAAUUCGCGAUUUCUGUGUGUGUGUGUGUAUUAACUAUUAUAUUAUAUCCAGCGGAUCUUGUGUUGCAUCUUUGUUUGUAUACUCUCUCUCUCUCAUAUCCUGGCGUGUGAAACGUCCAUACGGCUUUGGCACAAAGAACCAACUCAACCAAAACGCGGCGCUAGCCAAAAUAAUCAUAUAAAAUAAUACGACGAAUUAAAAAAAAAAAAAAAGAGAAAAAACGCGCACACAUUAGAAUAAUCAUUUUUCUUUCUUCUUCAUUUUGUCGAAUGGAAAUUUUUAGUUUUUUGGUUUUUGUUUUUUUGGUCAACCCAAAGAAGAAAGAAAAAGUGCCGUGUGCUGCAACGAAAAAAAAGAAAUGCGCAUUUCCUGUAUACGUCUCCAUCAUAUCUCUAUACAUCUUUUGACUAUGACAUUAGCGUGUACAAUAAUCACCGGCCAUACAUACAAGAUUUGUCCCUUUCUUUUUUCUUAUUCAAUGUAUAUGCAUCGUAAUGUCUUCUUUUUCUCGACUUACAUACAUUUUCUCCUUUUACGAAAUGUGCUGUAUAAACCAAACGACAAGCUCCUUCGGCACGCCAUAUUCCAGUAAUGUUUUCCCCCUUUCAAAAUCGGUCGUGUUUUUUUCUUUUUUUGACCUGUUUAUUCCCUGUGUCUCUCACUGUGGUGCUUAUAAAUGACUCUGUUAUUUUGUCAUUUCCAUUUCGACAUUUAUUCCUAGACAACAACAACAACAACAACGUCAACCAAAAUGAAAUAGAUUUCAACGCAUAUAUAGGCCCAAGUCGUGUGUUACAUAAUCAAUACCAUACAAUUGCUCUAUCCUUUUUAGAAUUAUGAUGAUUUCUUUUCUUCGGUAUUAUUAUAUAACACUGAAGAAAAGAACUGCUCACUUGCUCCGGCAGCCUUCUCGACUCAGUCCAACUCACGACAAAACUCUUUCAUCCAUAAAUGCAUGAAACUUUUGAAUCUUCCGCGCGCGCUUUUUUCAAAUUCAACCAAAAAAUUCGGACCAUUUUUUCUUCUUCUCCUAAAAGAAACACCUGGACAUUUUUUUUUCGUAACCUUUAAUGUUGUUGUUGUUGUUGUUGUUGUUGUCGGUGCGCGCGCGCUGGUGACAUCACGCACGAAACGAAAACGACCCUGAUCCUUAUUUGAGGCUCUUUCACGAUUACCACCACCAUUUCUCUAUGCCCAUGUACGGCUGAUUUCUUUUUUGUUAUCGACCCUUGUAUUUCCCCUCUUUAAAUGACGUCCUUCUAUCGUCUUAUUUUCUCCUCGGUUUGUAUUAAAUAAAAAUUUGAUUUCCCUUUUUUGUUAAAAAAAAAAUUGAAAAAAACCCAAAAUGUCUGAUGUGAUGAUGCGAGUACGCGCGUUUUUAUAUUCCAAUUGGGGUGGAAAAAUAAUUCUCUGAAUUUCUGAUUUUUUAAUGAAACGCCUGCAAAUAUUCUGAAAUAUGUGCCAAUAAUAUUUUUGUUUGUAUGUCCCCCUGUUUACUUUUUGACACUAUAUUGGUCGCACUGGCUAAUCAGUUUGUGCCGUGUUACAAUCUCCACAGUUCCCAGUUGCCUAUUACACACACACAACUACUACCUAAACUAGUAUAACUAUACAUAUACACCUAUCCUACUCACACCAAUCAAGUAUAUAUACAUACAUGACACACAAACGCAAUAUUCCUUUCUCUCUCUUUUUCUCUUUUUUUUACUCGGACAAAAAGAAACAAAACAAAAUAAAAAUACCAAUAAAACAAAUUUUUCAAUAAUAACAACCUGUAUUUUUGUUUUUGUUUUCUAUACUCUAUCACAUCUUUCUAUCCACUACGUCAUGCGUCUGGCCAAAAAAAACAAAAAACAACAACUUAUCGAUAUACAUAUUAUACAUAUAUACAUUUAUACUUUUGACACGUACCAAUAAAUAACAAACAACGCUUUGA